UUGUGUUACGUCGUCUAUUUAUAAGUUCCGCCCUUUCCAGUCACGUGAUCAUCUUCACAGGUCCUUCACCGUAAUCUCCUCUAUCCUGCUGAGCUCCGCCCCCACAAGUACUGGUCACAUGAUUGUGACAUCAUCACAGGUCCUACACCUCCUUCAUCUAGAAGAUACAGAGAAGAUCCUGGUCCAUGUGGAGGAGGCUCCUCCUCCUCUUCAGGACUAUCCCCUCCAGCUGACCCAGUUGUCUCCUCUUCUCCUGAAUGAUCCCCCAAGGAUGGACAAGGACAGGAAUGAGAUGACUAAGAGAAUAUUACACUUCACCUUGGAGAUCCUCCACCUGCUGACCGGAGAGGAUUACACCAUAAUGAAGAAGACAUGGGGGGAGUGUGUGGCCCCCAGCAGUCAUCUCCAUGAGUCAGGAGGACGGAGCAGGGCCCGGGGCCCCAUCAUGGGGCCUCUAUCUCACUCGAUGAUACAUGAGGAGAAGAUUCUAGAACUCAUCCACAGGAUCACUGAGCUGCUGGCUGGAGAGGUUCCUAUAAGGUGUCAGGAUGUGGCGGUCUAUUUCUCCAUGGAGGAGUGGGAGUAUGUAGAAGGACACAAGGAUCUGUACCAGGACAUAGUCAUGAUGGAGGAUCACCGGCCCCUCACAUCACAAGAUGGAGUCAUUGAUAGAAAUCCAUCCGAGAGGUGUCCUUGUCCUUUGUAUUUUCAGGACUGCCCAGAGGAAAAUGUCCCAGAGAACCAUCAGGGGGAAGAUCUGAUGGAUAUUAAGGUUGAAGUUAAAGUUGAACCAGAAGAGGAGACGGAUUUCGGGGUCGAUCAGCAGUAUGGAGUCAUUGAUAGAAAUCCACCCGAGAGGUGUCCCCGCCCUCUGUAUUCCCAGGACUGUCCAGAGGGAAAUGUCCCAGAAAAUUGUCAGGGGGGAGAUCUGACUAAUAAUAAAGUGGAGGAUGAAGAAGAGAGGAUGAGGGACCAUCACCCGUGUAUGAGGGAAGUGAAGGAGGAAAUUCCAGGAGGUGUUACCCCAGAAAAUCCCAGUAAGAAUUCUGAGGGAAACUUCAUGUUAUCCCUGAAUGAUAAAGGAGAAGAUGAAGAUAUGAUGGAGCGCUCCUCAGGAGAAGACCUCCUUACCCCUAAUGUCCAUCCAGAUCUAUCCUAUAAUAAUCUACCUGAUCAUGAGGAACCUUCUCCUGACCAACCACACAUUGUUACCACAAGGACAGAUCAGAAAGGAGGGAAAAGGAUUCAAUGUGAUGAAUGUGGGAAAAAGUUUACUAAAAUAUCAAGACUUUUUAGACACAGGAAAAUUCACACAGAGGAGAAGCCAUGUUCAUGUUCAGAAUGUGGGAAAUAUUUUAUACAUAAAUCAGAUCUUAUGAUACAUGAGAGAAUUCACACAGGAGAGAAGCCAUAUUCAUGUUCAGAAUGUGGUAAAUGUUAUACACGAAAAUCUAAUCUUGUUACACAUGAGAGAAGUCACACAGGAGAAAGGCCAUAUUUAUGUUCAGAAUGUGGGAAGUGUUUUAUAAGUAAAACAGAUCUUGUUAAACAUAGGAGAAUUCACAUGGGAGAUAAGCCAUAUUCAUGCUCAGAAUGUGCAAAAUGUUUUACACAAAAAUCAGUUCUUGUUAUACAUGAGAGAAUUCACACAGGAGAGAAACCAUAUUCAUGUUGUGAAUGUGGGAAAUGUUUUACAAGUAAAUCAAAUCUUGUUCAGCAUGAGAGAAGUCACACAGGAGAGAAGCCAUAUUCAUGUUCAGAAUGUGGUAAAUGUUUUAUAAGUAAUGCAAAUCUUCAUGAGAGAAGUCACACAGGAGAGAAGCCGUAUUCAUGUUCAGAAUGUAGUAAAUGUUUUAUAAGUAAAGCAGAUAUGGUUAUACAUAAGAGAAUUCACACAGGAGAGAAGCCAUAUUCAUGUUCAGAAUGUGGGAAAUGCUUUUCACAAAAAUCAACCCUUAUUGUACAUGAGAGAAUUCACACAGGAGAGAAGCCGUAUUCAUGUUCAGAAUGUGGGAAAUAUUUUAGUAAAAGAUCACAUCUUUUUAGACACAGAAGAAUUCACACAGGGGAGAAGCCAUAUUUAUGUUCAAAAUGUGGGAAAUGUUUUAUAAGUAAAUCAUGUCUUGUUAGACAUGAGCGAAUUCACACAGGAGAAAAGCCAUAUUCAUGUUCAGAAUGUGGCAAAUGUUUUUCAGACAAGUCAAAUCUUGUUAAACAUGAGAGAAUUCACACAGGAGAGAAGCCAUAUUCAUGCUCAGAAUGUGGGAAAUGUUUUAAAAGUAAAUAUGAGCUUAGUUCACAUGAAAGAAUUCACACAGGAGAGAAGCCAUAUUCAUGUUCAGAAUGUGGUAAAUGUUUUUCAAACAAGUCAAAUCUUGGUUUGCAUAAAAGAAUUCACACAGGAGAGAAGCCAUUUUCAUGCCCAGAAUGUGGGAAAUGUUUUAAAAGUAAAUCAGUUUUUGUGUCACAUGAGAGAAUUCAUACAGGAGAGAAGAGAUUUUCAUGCUCAGAAUGUGGGAAAUGUUUUAAAAGUAAAUCAGUUCUUGUUAUACAUGAGAGAAUUCACACAGGAGAGAAACCAUUUUCAUGCUCAGAAUGUGGGAAAUGUUUUAAUAACAAAUCAGAUCUUGUUAAACAUGAGCAAAUUCACACAGGAGUGAAGCCAUAUUCAUGUUCAGAAUGUGGGAAAUGUUUUUAUAACAAAUCAGAUCUUGUUAAACAUGAGAGAAUUCACACAGGAGAGAAGCCAUAUUCAUGUUCAGAAUGUGGGAAAUGUUUUAACAGAAAAUCGUGUCUUGUGUCACAUGAGAGAAUUCACACAGGAGAAAAGCCAUAUUCAUGUUCAGAAUGUGAGAAAUGUUUUAACCGUAAAUCAGGUCUUGUGUCACAUGAGAGAAUUCACACAGGAGAGAAGCCAUAUUCAUGUUCAGAAUGUGGGAAAUGUUUUUACAAUAAAUCAGAUCUUCUUAACCAUGAGCAAAUUCACACAGGAGUGAAGCCAUAUUCAUGUUCAGAAUGUGGGAAAUGUUUUUAUACCAAAUCAGAUCUUGUUAAACAUGAGAGAAUUCACACAGGAGAGAAGCCAUAUUCAUGUUCAGAAUGUGGGAAAUGUUUUACAGCUAAAUAUAAUCUUUUGUCACAUGAGAGAAUUCACACAGGAGAAAAGCCAUAUUCAUGUUUAGAAUGUGGGACAUGUUUUAAAAGUAAAUCAGGUCUUAUGUCACAUGAGAGAAUUCACACAGGAGAAAAGCCGUAUUCAUGUUCAGAAUGUGGGAAAUGUUUUAUUACUGUAGGAAAACUAAGGAGUCAUCAGAGAUGUCACAUAGGGAAAAAUCAACAAUGAUGUUCUAUAUGCAGAAAAUGGUUAACAUUGAAAUCAGAUUUUAAAACUCGUCAAAGAACUCACAUUAACCCCUUCCUGUAAUAUCGGUUACGUGUAACUAAUAAAAAAAAAAAGGCUGACCUGCUGCAACACCACUUACAUUUUCCCUGAUUUAAAUAAAGUGUCGCAGUGCUGCCGGGCGCUGUGACAGGUUAGUGAAGCCGGCCAAGGACCACCUACAGCCUCCCCUGCCCGGCAGUACUGACAGACCAAUAGUAGUCACAGUUGUGGGGUCUCCUACUCCUCCCCCUCCCCCCUUUGGUGCUUCAGUCGGUAAAGCGAUGGGAGGAGCUUCUCUCCGAUCCUGAGUUAACCCUAAUGCUGCUGUUAGUUUGAGUGCAGCAAAUAUUAGUGUUAGAGAGGGAGCUCCCUUUGUGCCCCACAAAGUAAUCACUGGGUGCUAAUAGUAGCCAUGGCAAGCAGAGGAUUGACAAUGGCUUCUUUUGUCGUGACUACGAAAGCCGAUCAGGCUUGAGCAUAAAACAGUGCAGUACAGAUGUGUAUAAUGUGUGAUCAGUAAAGUUAUACAAAUAUGUAAAUAAAUGUGUAAUAAUAAUUGAUAAAAAGACUAAAUAUAUAUAAAAUUAUACACUGUUCCAAAAAAAUAAAUAAAGGGAACACGGGAACACUUAAACUACACAAUGUAACUCCAAGUCACUGGCACUUGUGUGAGAUCCCACUGUCCACUCAGGAAGAACACUGAUUGACAAUCAAUUUCACAUGGAACAGACAACAGGUGGAAAUUAUAGGCAAUUAGCAAGACGCCCCCAGUAAAGGUGUGGUUCUGCAGGUGGUGACCACAGACUACUUCUCAGUUCAUAUGCUUCCUGGCUGAUGUUUUGGUCACUUUUGAAUGCUGGCGGUGCUUUCACUCUAGUGGUAGCAUGAGACGGAGUCUACAACCCACACAAGUGGCUCAGGUAGUGCAGCUCAUCCAGGAUGGCACAUCAAUGCGAGCUGUGGCAAGGUUCACUGUGUCUGUCAGCGUAGUGUCCAGAGUAUGGAAGCGCUACCAGGAGACAGGCCAGUACAUCAGGAGACGUGGAGCAGGCCGUAAGCGGGCAACAACCGAGCAGCAGGAUCGCUACCUCCGCCUUUAUGCAAGGAGAAGCACUGCCAGAGCCCUGCAAAAUUACCUCCAGCAGGCCACAAAUGUACAUGUGUCCACUCAAAUGGUCAGAAAUAGACUGUAUGAGGGUGGUAUGAGGGCCUGAUGUCCACAGGUGGGGGUUGUGCUUACAUGCAGGACGUUUGGCAUUUGCCAGAGAACACCAAGAUUGGCAAAUUCGCCACUGGCGCCCUGUGCUCUUCACAGAUGAAAGCAGGUUCACACUGAGCACAUGUGACAGAGUCUGGAGACGCCGUGCAGAACGUUCUGCUGCCUGCAACAUCCUCCAGCAUGACCGGUUUGGCGGUGGGUCAGUAAUGGUGUGGGGUGACAUUUCUUUGGGGGCCGCACAGCCCUCCAUGUGCUUGCCAGAGGUAGCCUGACUGCCAUUAGGUACCGAGAUGAGAUCCUCAGACCCCUUGUGAGACCAUAUGCUGGUGCGGUUGGCCCUGGGUUCCUCCUAAUACAAGACAAUGCUAGACCUCAUGUGGCUGGAGUGUGUCAGCAGUUCCUACAAGAGGAAGGCAUUGAUGCUAUGGACUGGCCGCCCGUUCCCCUGAAUCCCAUUGAGCACAUCUGGGACGUCUCACUCCAUCCACCACAGACUGUCCAGGAGUUGGCAGAUGCUUUAGUCCAGGUCUGGGAGGACAUCCCUCAGGAGACCAUCCUCCACCUCAUCAGGAGCAUGCCCAGGCGUUGUAGGGAGGUCAUACAGGCACAUGGAGACCACACACACUACUGAGCCUCAUUGGGACUUGUAUUAAGGACAUUACAUAAAGUUGGAUCAGCCUGUAGUGGGGUUUUCCACUGUGAUUUUGAGUGUGACUCCAUAUCCAGACCUCCAUGGGUUCAUACAUUUGAUUUCCAUUCAUAAUUUUUGUGUGAUUUUGUUGUCAGCGAAUUCAACUAUGUAAAGACGAAAGUAUUUCACACGAUUAGUUCAUUCAUACAGAUCUAGGAUGUGUUAUCUUAGUGUUCCCUUAAUUUUUUUUGAGCAGUAAAUAUUAUAUACUCAAAAGUAGUCCCAUUGAAUAUAUCAACUUAUCCCCCUGCCCCCCCCCCCCAUAUAAAAAAAAAAUUAUUGCAGCUCUCAGUUAAUCAGAUCCUCAUUAUUUCAGGAUAUAUAUAAUUCAUAAUAUAUUCCAGCUACUGUUGGCUGACUUACCUUAGAACACACUGAUCAUUAGAGGUAAUAAGCGUUUCAUGCCUUCUGUUUCUAUUUGUUGUUACAAUUUAUAUUUUCUGUUUAUAUAUAUAUUUAUAUAUAUUUAUAUAUUUCUUUUCUAUGACAUAAUCUCUAGAUGAUCCAAAAAUUCAUCAAAAGCUUCGUAUGAAUGUGAUAAAUAGUUUACACGCCUAAUAGUCAUGUACUUUAAUGUAUGAAAUGUCUGAAAUGUCUGGAGUUCUGUAUUCUCAA